CUUUAUUACGUGAUUAAUUAAUUACUUUAAUGCAAGGAAGCACAGACAACAGCGACGACAACCCGUUUUUUAAGUGUUUUCAGUUUUCACCACAGUCAGCGGCUCCACCACCAUUCUCCCUUUCCUUUCCUUCUUCCAAUAAAAACACCCCACCUCUUCCCCUCCCCCCCAUUACUAUUUACUUCUUCUCUCAGUCAAUCCCUUUCACUUUCCCUUCGGGAUUCGUGCUUUGGGGUCAGUACUUCCUCACAAUUUCCUCCGUGAUUCCUCCCCUUUCUUUCCCUUCAAAAAUAACACCCCCAACCGAACAAAGAACAACCCACGGCGAGCAAGAAUAUGAAGAACGCCGGCAACCCUAAUACUAAACUCAUUCUUCUCCACCCUUCAAUCCACAAACCCACUUCUUCCCCUCACCGUUUUUUCCUCUUGUUCUUCAUCACUUUUUUCGCUUUAGCUUUCUCUUUAACACUCUUCACCACCACUUCCAUUUCGAAUUCCGUCGCACCUUCUCUUUCCACCGCCGCUUCUUCUUCCCUCCCUUCCUCCGUAACCGCCGCGCUCCUCCAUUAUGCUUCAACCGCGGCGGCCAACUCUACUACCCAUCACAUGUCGUCUUCUGAACUAUCCGUCAUUGCUUCCGCUCUUCAUAACUGUCCUUCCUCACCUUGUCGGUUCCUUGUAUUCGGUCUUACCCAUGAAUCUCUCCUCUGGCAUUCGCUUAAUAUCCACGGCCACACCGUGUUUCUCGACGAGAGUGAGUACUUGGUUUCUUCAUUCGAGCGGAGUCACCCGGAAAUCGAAGCGUAUGAUAUACAGUACGGUACCAAAGUGAGUCAAAUGUCGGGCUUGUUGUCAACGGCAAAAUCCCAUGUCGGUGACGAAUGUAGACCGGUUCAAAACCUCUUGUUUUCCGAUUGUAAGCUUGCCAUCAACGACAUGCCGAACCAUAUUUACGAUUUAAGCUGGGACGUGAUCUUGAUUGACGGUCCACGUGGGUACUUUCCCGAUGCUCCGGGGAGGAUGGCUCCGAUUUUUACUGCGGGAGUGUUGGCGAGGAGCAAGAAACGAGGGAGGGAAACGCAUGUUUUCGUGCAUGAUUUCGAAAGGGACGUUGAAAGUCUUUUUAGUGACGAGUUUUUAUGCGACGAGAACUUGGUGGAAACCGUGGAUUCUUUGGGUCAUUUCGUCGUGGAAAAACGAGAAGCCAACGAUGGUAAAAAUUCUGGGUUUUGUAAGAACACGACGCUAUCGUCGCUGGCGUCGGUUUCAUCAUCGUCGGGUGAGGAUGUUGAUUGAGUGAAAUUCCGACGGCGUUUAAUCUCUUUGGCAAUUCUUUUUCUUUUUUUUUUUUCCAGGUACAGAAAUGUAAUAUUAUAAAAGGUUAAAACUUUUAACCAUUGUAAGUGUAUCCACAAAAUAUAUAUAAUCUAGUUUUUACGAAA